UUUGGUCAUGUGACCACGCUACGUGCGCAGGGCGACGUGCGUGACGUAGCGGUGUAGGCUACGCUAGUUUCCUCAACCAAACACUCAACUGAUAAUUGUGAUAAAAACUAGAAGUCAGCCGGUGGACGAGGGGGUUGUUUAUUCGGGGAAAAGCACACGAACCGAGCAGAACCUUCGUCGUUGUAAACAAACUGGGUCGUUUCCGCGCACAAGCCAGGCUCGCUGGUGAGGAAGACGGCGAGAGAAUCCUGCCUUUUAACCCACCACCUGGUUGGUUUUUAUUUUAGCUGUGGCUGUCGGAAGGCGGGGAAUACAAAGCGACGUGUGGUCAAAAACAUUAUAUUUUGGACUCAUUCAAGCAAAAACGGGAUUACUGCGAAGCCAGUUCGUGCUGCUGUGCCUGGUCAGCGAUAGUACAUGGAUUAUCUGUGUUUCCGGGCACUGUGCUGUAAAGGACCCCCGCCGCCAAGACCAGAGUAUGACGUGGUGUGCAUUGGCCUUACAGGUGCUGGAAAGACCAGCUUGCUCUCACGCCUCUGUAGUGAGGGCAGCGACGGCAUCGUACCUACGACAGGUUUCAGCAUCAAAGCAGUGCCAUUUCCAAAUGCCAUCUUGAAUGUAAAAGAACUUGGAGGAGCUGACAACAUCAAGAAAUAUUGGAGUCGUUACUACCAAGGGUCGCAGGGUGUAGUCUUCGUGCUGGACAGCGCUUCAUCAGAUGAGGACCUUGAGGCAGCACGUAACGAACUUCACUCAGCUCUGCAGCACCCGCAGCUCUGCACACUGCCUUUUCUCAUCCUUGCAAACCACCAGGACAAGCCUGCUGCAAGGACACCAAACCAGGUUAAGAAGUACUUUGAGCUGGAGCCUCUGGCCAGAGGGAAGCGCUGGAUCUUGGAGGGCAGCUCCACUGACAAUAUGGAGGCAGUGAAGGAGAUAUUUGGUCAGUUCAUUAGUCUGUUGGAAGACAAAGACACAGAGCCUGCAAGGAUAUGAUGCUAACGCUGCUAGUGCUAAGAGACAUUAGCGGCUGGUCAUGAGGAAAACACAACGUCCUGCUGGUGCCCAUGUACACACACUCAUGCACAGACACAAACAUGCACACGAAAAAAAUAAAGCAGAAGUUGAUCUCUCUCUUCGA